GAAUAUACGCCACAGAAGUGACAAUAGAAGAGAAAGGUUUUUUGUUGGAAAUAACACAUAUAUAUGGUUUAAAUUUUGUGACUUUGAAGUUUAUAUUUAUUGAAGUGAUAUGUUGGCGUUAUUUUCUGAGUCUGGGAUUAUUGACCGGCAUCUGAUGUUUGAUCAAAGUGAAUGUCUCUCGGAAGAGUCUGAUCUAUACACAGCAUAUAAUUCACCAGCAAGUAGUGGCAUUGAUGAUUAUAAUGUUGCAGCAGAAGUUGAAAUUGCUAGAGAUCUCAAGGAUGAAGACUAUACAAACUUCUUAUCUUCAGAUCCACUGAUGUGGACUAAUUUGGCUGAUCUUGAUUGUUCAUUAAAUGACUGUAGGAAUAGGAACACAGAGGGAUCAGAAUCUGAAAAUGUUUGCUCAGAUGAUUAUUGGAAUAGAUGCAAUUCAUGGGUGAAUAGUACAACAUCUGAUGUAGAGUCAGAUUGUGAAAAAUAUUCUUUGCAACAAUCUACAUCGAAAAAAAAUGAAAAAUGUCAGAAAUCAACAAAAAACAUCGAGAGUUUAUCCUGGAAAGAGAUGACAUCAUCACAACAACGACAGACAAUAGAACAUCUUACGCAGGUCGUGUCUUCAACAAUGGGACUGCGAGAGCAGCUUGAUGUCAUCAGAAUUGUCAAUCCUCAAGCUGUUGUCAGUGCAACUGAUACAGAGUUUGAAAUAGAUUUGGAAUUGCUCAAUUGCGAAAAAUUACAAAAGAUACGGGAGUAUGUUCGUCAGCACAGCUCACAAACAUCACAAAACACAAAGCACAUCAGUGGUGAACGUUCGGUAAAGAAAACUAAGAGAAAAGAUUUAAAUCACCACAGAAGUAUGUCAAAAGCAGACAAGCAACAACGAGCCCUACUAACUCGGGUUUAUAAACAAUUGAUGAAAGAAAAACGGAGCGGACUUUUUAAUAAUGAACAGGUUAUUUCCAUGUCAAAAACAGCGAUCGAUAAAGAAGAGAAUGGAAACACUAAUGAUAGUGUGAAAGAGGAUGAUGACGAUAUGGAAAUUGACAUUCUACAUUAAAAUAAAUGAUUUGCAAGCAAAUGAUAGAAUGAAAAAUAACAAUGUGUAUGUAUGUGUCAUUUUUUCCAAUCAUGUAAGAAAAUGCGAAAUGCACUUUUCACUGUUUUUUUAUCAUAA